UUCUGGGGAGCCGCAAAGGCUCUCUGGGAAGCGGGAAAGAUGGCGUCGCCCAUAGCGCGCGGUUCUGCAGCGGGCGGCUCCGGGCUGCGGAGAUUCGACGUGCGCGGUGCCGGGAGCUUGGGUUGCCGCGGCUUGGCAUUGGCGCCCGCGCCUGCAAGUAGCGGAUCUCCAUGGCGCUUGUGGGGCGCGUUGUGCUUGCAGCGGCCCCCGCGGGUCUCCAAGCCGCUGACCCCCAUGCAGGAGGAGAUGGCGAAGCUGCUGCAGCAGAUGGAAGUAGAGAGAAGUCUGUACUCGGACCAUGAGGUCCGCGCCCUGGAGGAAGCCCAGAGACUGCAAUAGAACAAAGCGGAUCUCUUGGAUGAAGAAGAUGAGGAGCAGGACAUCCUGCUGACGCAGGAUUUGGAGGAUGCCUGGGAGCAGAAAUUCCUCCAGUUCCAGCCUGGAUCGCGAGUUACAGGGUGUACGCCGAUAAGCAGAAAUGACUACACAUCGCUGCAGCGGAAGCUGGACCGAAACCUUGUCUAUUGGUCAAAGAGAAGUUGGGGGGACCAGGAAGUGUGGAUGCUGCCCCAGAAUGAGUGGCAGCCUGGAGAGACGCUGCGGGGUCCCUUUGAUGAAUGUGACCCCAGAGCAAAAGGCUGCGGAAACAAGCAGACAGGUGGAGUUUCCACAGAGCAAACAGCUUCUCUGCAGCAUCGGGCACCCCACACAGGCGAGCAGAGGAAAUUUCCGGGUUCAGCCACGGAUAUGGCUGAAGACCCUCUGGAUGUCACAGUAGGGCUGCUCCAGGGUCUGUCCUGGAAACCUGCCUCUGGGCAACAUCCCCUGGAAGCCAAGUUCCUGAGCAACGCACCUUGCGGCCACUACAAGUUCAAGUUUCCGAGAGGCAGUGCGUUGAAGAUCAGGGUGUGGGGGGGCGAGUCUUCUUUUUUUAAGGCCCUGCUGCUACCGGUCAUCUGGAGCCUGGACAGUAUGGACGCGCCCCUACCUUUCCUGGCACUCAUGCAGGGCUUUGAGAUUCCGGGCACACGCUGCCCACCCCCCAGAGCUCUGGAUAUUCUCUUCACAUUCAGCCCUCUGGAGAGCUGCAUGCAGGUCACCCCAGCCCAGAGGCCAGCUGUGCCUCCGACCAUGCUCACGCAAGGGGUGCAUCACCCCACCCCGAUCUAG